GGAAAAAGUUUAUACGUAUAGUUAUAAUUGAAUUCUAUAUAUCCUUGAAGUUGAGGAUUCUAUCCAAAGUAAAACCUAGUCCUGAGUAUCAGCACACAAAACAAUAAAACAAGUUUUGUGCAUAUAUAUAUACAAAGGGCUCAAAACUCUCCCCUCUAUCUUCAAAUGGCAACGAUACGGCCACAACUGCACCAUCUCACGGCGGCCAUGGUGGCAGUUAUCGUCACUGCAUGGUUAACAUACAAUCAUGGUGUCCGAAUCUCCAAAACAUCAGUAGCCUUUGCAGUUUCCGAUGUAUACGAGAUGGUUCCGAUUGAAAACGGUGGUGCAGUUGGACCAGAGAGUUUGGCUUUUGAUGCUCACGGGGAAGGACCUUACGCAGGAGUUUCUGAUGGCAGAAUUAUGAAAUGGAACAGUCUUGAAAAUCAUUGGGUGGACUUUGCGGUCACUUCUUCAAACAGAGAUGAUGAUUGUGGAGGACCAUAUAAGGAACAUUCCAAAAAAGAGCACAUAUGUGGACGCCCACUUGGGCUUUGCUUCAACACAGCAUCAGGCCAACUUUAUGUUGCAGAUGCCUACAUGGGCCUAGUUGUCAUUGAGCCCAAUGGUGGCACUGCUACAAAACUCAUAUCACAUGCAGUACAAGAUCAGCCAUUAGGUUUUACAAACAGUUUGGAUAUUGAUCAAAACUCUGGAGCAGUUUACUUUACCACCAGCAGUACUAAAUAUGAAAGAAGGAGUUAUGUGUCUUUGAUUCUAAGUGGAGACAAAUCAGGGAGACUAUUAAAAUAUGAACCAAAAAGUGAACAAGUAACAGUUCUUCUAAACAAUCUCACAUUUCCAAAUGGAGUAGCACUAAGCAAAGACGGCAACUAUAUUCUAAUAGUAGAAACUACAAACUGUAGAAUACUAAGAUAUUGGUUACAAACAUCAAAAGCUGGAACACUGGAAGUCUUUGCGAACCUACCGGGUUUUGGAGACAACAUAAAAAGAAGUCCAAGAGGUGGAUUUUGGGUUGGAAUUUACUCAAAAAGAGAAACAUUUAUCAAAUGGAUUCUAUCAUAUCCAUGGAUAGGAAAGGGGUUGGUUAUGCUUCCUUUGGAUAUGACAAAAACUUAUUCAUAUUUGGCUAAGAUAAAAGGGAGUAGUGGAAUGGCAAUAAGGCUAAGUGAGGAGGGUGAAGUUUUGGAAGUUGUUGAAGAUGAUAGAAGUGGAUAUAGAAAGUCUAUUAGUGAUGUUGAGGAAAGAGAUGGAGUGUUAUGGUUAGGGUCUGUUGAUGCACCUUUUGCUAUUAAGUAUAAUAUUCCAAUGGCACAAGAAUAAAAGAAGAAGAAGAAGAAGACAUGUUAUUUAUAAAUAAUAAAUUUAAAUAAAAUUUAGUGUAAUUAAUUUGUUUGAUUUCAUAAAAAAUGUAUGAUGUAAAUAUUCUUCAAAAGAAAUUGUUUCAUAUAAAUGAAAGAGAUAUUGAAAAAUAAAGUAUAGGUUACUUGAAUGAUAAAGCGGUAAAGCGGCAAGCAACAAAAGUUUUGAAAAUAUUUAUCCGGGAAAUUAUCGUGUCCACAGAUAUUAGUGUUAUUGAAUCGCAGUAGUUCGACGGAUUCGGAGUUCUUGAGUUUGGGUUAAAUGGGUUUUAAGUAAAAACGGAAAAUAUAACAUAUGAACAUAAAAUAAAUUCAUUCUUGAUAGAGAAUAACUUAUCUGGUUUGAAUCUAAACUACUCCUC